UAAUAAUAAUAAUAAUAUAUGAAAAUGGAUAAAAUUGAAGUGAUGAGCAUCUUACAACCAACACAUUCCUAUUCCUAUUCUCAUUCACCAAAUACACAGAAUACUUGUUCACCAACUAACUGUAAUAUUAAUAAUGAUAAUAAUAUGAAAAUAGAUAAAAAUGAAAUGAUGAGCAUUUUACAAUCAACACAUUCCCAUUCUCAUUCCUAUCCCUAUUCACCAAAUACACAUAAUACUUGUUCACCAAUCAAUCAUAAUAAUAAUAAUAAUAAUACAAUACAAUCAUUAAAUACAUUCAGCGCACAUUUGAAUGAUUCAUAUAAACAAAAAACUAUAGAUACUGAUAAUAUUUAUUAUCAUGAUUGUAAACAAUUUACAUUAUUACCUAUUAUAACAAGUUCAUUCAACUCAAUGAAUGAAUUAUAUCCAAUUGAUGAUUAUACAACAUUACAAACAAUGAAUACAUGUAAAUGUUAUACACCAUCAUCUAUAAAAUCUACUACAUAUAAUAUAAAUCAUGAUUUCAAUGAUUCUAUUAUAAUACAACCUAUAAAACAUAAUACAUUACAAUUCAAUCAAUUGACUACUACUACUAAUAAUAAUGAUAAUCCCAUUUCAUAUUAUACAAGUUUAUCACCAAAAUUAAAGUCUGAUCAUUUCAUCGAAAAACGUAAAGUAAGAAUUAUGUCAAUGGAUGAAAAUAUUGAUAAUGAAAUAGAGAAAAAUUCUCCUUCUGAAUAUUUAACAACUUGAUUAUUAAUAAUAAUAAUAAUACUAUUGAAUAUAAGUAAUUCCAUAAAAUGAAAGAAUAUUCCUCUCAAGUGAACAUUCAUGGAAACAAUCCAUAAAUCAACGAUUUUUCAUGACUGACAGUGAAAAUAUGAAAAAAAAAUAAAACAAUCAUUAACAAACUUAAAACGAAGCCAAUUUAAUAAUAAUGAAACAUACAUUGAGAAAAUAAUAAUAUUUUUUACCUUAAAUCUUUAUAUCCAGUAUUCCAACUCGUUUUUUAAACUUUUCACAGGGUUUUUAAAAAUAAACAAAACAAAUUUUUUUAAAUUUUUCCCCGCGUUUUUUGAAAUAACCAUAGCGUUUUUAAAAAAAAUUAAAUUCUUCUUUAGUAAUUAUAUUUAAACAAUUUCAAUGUAUCAUGUCUUAACCAUGUAAAUCUUGUAUGGUUAAUUCAUUUAUUGAAUUUAAUAAUGAGACUUGUAAAUGAUGCGUUGAAUUCAUUCACUAAAUCUUUUUUUUUGUAAAGUAUAAUCUACAGUUUAUAAAUGAUUCUUCUUAUAGAAUCAAUGCAUAAAUUUAUAGAAAAUAUAUUUCGUAUUUUGGUUUUGGUUUUGAAAUUGUAAGAUUGCCAGAAAUGAGAUCUAAUUCUAUUGAUUCUUUUACAGAAUGAACAAUCUCUCUUGUAAUCUUCUUAUGUCAUGACCUUCUUGUCUUUUUCUUCUUAACAGUUCCAAUGGCUUAAUAAUUCACAUCCAUAAGAAAUAAGGGCAUCUUUGACAUUAAAUCCUCCUUCAAUAACUUUUUGUUUAUGAGGCAUUGUCUCUUUUCAUUUGAAAUUGGAUUGUUUGUUUGGUAUGUAAUGAUUAUUUAAAAAUGUUUAAAAAAGCGCCGUGGUUAUUUCAAAAAACGCGGAAACUUUUUUUAUCAUUUUUUUGAUUAUUUUAAAAAACCCUGUUGAAUUUUUAAAAAAACGAGUUCAAAUACUGUAUAUAUAUAAAUAUAUGCAUAUACGUCUAUAUUUCAAAAAUAUUCUAUUUUUGUCUUGUUCAACUUUCAAUUUGUUUACUUUUUGUUUAAAUAUUUUGUUGUUCAAUGUUCAAAUGCUUUUUUUUUAAUUUUGCUUUAUGUUUUGUUUUAUUUUCUACCAUUAUGAUUAUGACUAUUGUGAAUGAUAAUGAAAACAAAACAAAAAGUGAUAAAAGAAAAUACGUCAUUAUGAUUGUUUAUUGAUUAUAUUUAUUAAAAUUAUUUUGUAAAUAAAUGUAAUGAAAAUAUCUUCUUUUCUUCUUCUUCUUCUUUUUAUUACUAUGAUUAUCAUUAUUAUUCAAUAAGACAUCUGAAAGUGAA